AUGGCAAAAGAGAAGAACUACAACCCCGUCCAGGAAGCCAAGAAGGCAGAGAAGCAAAAACAGAUCCGCAAGCAAAAAGCCAACCUCCAAACCCAGCGCAACGAGAAACUCGCGCGCCGAAACCCAAACCGCCUACAACGCGACAUAGACAGCCUCAAAGAACUCGACCAGAGCGGCGCGAUACGACCACAUGAGCGACAACGGCUACAGGAGUUGGAGAAGGAUCUCGCAGCGGUGAACAAAGCGCGCGCAGCACUAGGAGACAAAGCGCCAGUCUUCAAACCAGAACGGCAAUACAACAACAACAACAACGACAGCAAUAGAGAACGAGGAGCCGACCAAAGAGAUAGGCGCGCCGGCAUCCUCGGUAAACGAACACGAGACGGCCAGCGUAAAGACUCGGAUAGCAGCGACACAGACGACGAUGUGAAGCGCAUCCCCAUGCCACGCGAUACACCACCACCCAUACCACGACGUUACCUACAGUCCCAAGACUCCCAGCAAGAUGACGCUACUGCUGCGCCCGCCGAACCGAAGAAACCAACCAUUGUCUACGAAGCCGCACCCCAAGUCCGCGACCUACGCAAGGAAGCCACGAAAUUCAUGCCAGCCUCGGUGGCGCAGAAGAUGAAAUUGGCAAAGGGCGAGGGAAGAUUGCUAGAACCAGAAGAAUUCGACAAAUUAAGGGAAGAAGGGUACUUGAAAGAGAAGAAGAAGGAGAAUGAAGGGGACAGGGCGGACGGUGCUGCUAAGACUGUUGCGAAAACGGCCGAGGAGGAGGAACUAGAUGCCUUUUUGAGGUUACAGAAUACAAGUGCUGGGGAUAUGGCAGAGAAGGCGGCGGAGGCGGCGGUACAGGAAGCGGAGUUUGAGAUGAUGGCUGCUGAGGUGAAAGGGCAAAUGGAGGGGAUAGCUGGGGAGGCCAGGACAGCGGAGAAUGCGCUCAAGCAUGUGCAGAUGGAGGAGGUGGAGGAUGAGGAUUUAUAG